UGUUGUGAUAAACUUAUUAAAUAGACAAUGUUCUGAAUUGAAACGAAGUGGAAACCAAACAAAAGCCAUCAAAAUUGAUUUUGAAAUGCCCAAUUGGGUGUCGUGGGCGGCACAUUCUCACCUGCCCUUGCCAUCCUUCCGCACCUACUCUGUUCUCUCUCUCGGACUUUUUCUAGGAGCGGUGUUCAACUGCUCCCUCUUGACUAGUUUCUCAAGCAGUAUUUCACAGCACUCACAAGCUCUACUGAACUCACAUAAACUUGUCGACAGUGCUGUCAAAUCAUGGUUAAACUCGAUGUUCGAGGGAUAUACAGAGGAUUCGCUACAAACAGAUGACAAUCACGAACAAUCCCGUUACAGUUAUAUUUUCGAUUACUUUGACAUGGGACAUCUGCAGGAUCAGAGUCCUGAAGUUUUGCUAGCUGAACUGAGUAAGAAAUAUCCCGGUGGUUUCCCAAAAGAAUGGAAGCAGGUCCCUUUUUAUUGUGCGUUUCUCCUCCAGAACUCGCUGGUUGUGUGGAGCUUGAUCAAUCUGGGAUAUUGCUCCUUGCUUUUGGUCGCCCGAUCUGUUCAGAGAAUGAUUUUUGGAGAGCUUCGAGUGUCUGAGAGACAGAACAUGCGUGACUCAUUUUGGAAUUAUGUUUUCUACAAAUUCAUCUUCAUUUUUGGAGUGCUCAAUGUCACCCAGUUUGGACAGCUGAUACUAUGGUCUAUUUGGUUCUCCAUGUUCUCCUUCUUACGUCUCAUGAACCAGCUCAGCAAGGACAGAUUUGAUUAUGUGGCAUAUUCUCCGAAUGCGUCCUCGAGAGUGCACAGGAAGAUCAUCUUUCUACUCAGUUCCAUCUUCGUCUGCAGUCUCCUCCUCUUCUCUCUCGCUCUCAAAGUAUAUUCUGUCACUGCGGACCUCAACCUGCUCGGGUUCCUACUCGCAGAGUGCUGCCAACUGUUCUUGCGUAAUCUUUUGCUGAUGGCCAAGUAUGCUUUUCAUCUGAGAGAUCUGAGCUUCUCGGAGAGUUGGGAGAACAAGUCCAUGUGCACUUACUACACGGAGUUUUAUAUGGAGCUGACUGUUCUCGGACUAGAUCUACUCCAUCACGCACACAUGCUGAUAUGGAGCAACGUUUUCCUCUCAAUGGCAUGCCUCGUGAUAUGUAUGCAAGUGCGCCACAUCAUCGUAGACAUCCAACAUCGCUUCAUGCGUCACAAGGAGUUCUGUCUCGUAACUCGAAAUAUGGAUGCCAUGUUCCCAGAAGUGCGACUGCAAACCCCCAGGAGUCCCAGAGGUGGAAUUGUAGGGGGAAGUGAUAAUGAAGAUGGGUACGAGGAUGAAAGCGAGGAUACUUGUGCCAUCUGUUGGGAUACUAUUCUAGUUGGCAGGAAGUUGCCCUGCUCCCAUGUUUUUCAUAGGUCCUGUCUUCGCUCCUGGCUGGUCCAAGAUUCAACGUGUCCUACAUGUCGCCACGCUCUCAAGUUCUCUCAAGAUACAACGACAACUACCGAGUCCACGGGAAGCAACGAAACAAACGAUACACAGCAACAAAGUCAAUCUGCAUUCAUGUUGGCGCCCAAUUUGUUGUCUUCACUGUCAUCGACUUUCCCAGCCACACCUCUUCAACAACAAGCAGCGGGUGGUUCCGCAAGACGGAAUUACUUCCACUUUGACGGAAGUAGAAUCGCAAGUUGGCUCCCGAGUUUCUCGGUUGAAGUAACCCACGGGUCGACCACUUCGCCGAAUUCAGCUACCUCUAGCGAAGAGAUUUCGAAUACACAGAGGGAAUAUUGGACACAUCAGAUACAUGUUUUGUUCCCCCAUAUUCCAAUAGUAGCAAUACAGGAUAGCCUGGCGAUGACUCAUUCUCUGGAAGUGACGAUCGAUCAGAUUCUGGAAGGAACCAUCUUCAUUCCGCCCGGAGCUAGAAGUCCAAGUGAAGGUUUUGUCGAUGAAGACAACUUCAGCAACGUCACAGGUGAAUCUAAGCCAGCAGAAUCAGAAACCGUUCUGGUUCAAAAGUCGAGCUCAACUACGUCAUCGGAAGACUCGAAAACGGAGGGAAUAGCAAACGACUCUUCGUUAACUUUUGAUGCCUCAGCUUCAAGGGCUGAUCAAGAUUCAACGUUGCAGUUGCAGGUCGCGCCACCCAACACAGCCGCGAGUACUAGCGCUGGCGCAGCGUGCAACAUUUCUCUUACACCUUUGAACACAGUUUCGAACGUACAAUCUGAAGCUUCAGGGGCAAAUCAAGAGUUAGUUGUUGAUGAUUCUGUGAGUAGAAUUAUGCCUAGAAGACCGAGUAUUCCUAUACCCGAUAGCGUUCGAAGAAGAAAAAAGUCGUCCGCUUCGAAUUCAAUUUCAGAUCACGUCGACGGUAGUACCGGCUCUUCUUUGUCACAUAGUUAUGAUCGUGUCGCGUCUACUUCAAAGACAGUAUUCGGUGACAGGUUUUCCAAAAACCCCGAGGAAAGGCAAUUGAUUCUACAACAGAGAAAGCGCCAGAUGAUUGCGGAUUGUAAGCGUGCGUAUUUGGAAAAACACAGUUCUGAUGAUCUCAAAAGGGAAAACGAAGAAUCACAGAAAGACUUGAAUUAGACAGGAAAACUGAGAAGAGAUUGAAUUUAGAUUGACAGUCAGAUUAAGACUCUUGCUUAGUCAGAACAGUGUAUUGAAAGUACUAAUGACAGAACUAUGAAUUUAUCCAUUAGAGUUUGAGUAUCAAAUAAUUUUUAUUUUGAUAGUUAUGUUAUGCACUUAAAAAGGACAUUAGUGGCACA